UGCGAGGAGACAGGGAGGAGGGCACCACAAUGGAAAAGAGCGCUUUAGAGGAGGCACAGAUGAAACUUUGUUGCUGUUGAUUGUAAACAGCAAUAAAAUGCUGCCUUGGAAGAAGAAUAAGUUCGACCUGAUUGAGGAAGACAGGCAGUCCAAGCAGAAGGGCUAUGCUGUGAGCCUCAACUACUCUGCGCUCACCUCCUUCGCCAAGUCCUGCCCCGAGAGCGCGCUCAACAGGGUGGGCAGCAUGUUCAAGUCAAAGAGGAAAAAGGUCAAGAUCACCAGCGAGGACCCCACAUACACGGUGCUCUACCUGGGGAACGCCACCACCAUCCAGUCCAAAGGGGACGGCUGCACGGACGUGGCGGUCAGCAAGAUCUGGGGCAAAAGCGAGAUGGGCAAGAACGGCACCAAGAUGAGGCUGACCAUCAGCUCGCAGGGCAUCCGGAUGGUGCAUGUGGAUGACAAAGCCAGGAGGCCGGGACACUUGUACCUGCUGCACCGGAUAACCUACUGCGUGGCGGACCCGAGGCUACCCAAGAUCUUCGCCUGGGUUUACAGGCACGAAAUGAAGCACAAGGCCGUGAUGCUGCGCUGCCACGCAGUGCUGGUGUCCAAGCCGGAGAAGGCAAAAGCCAUGGCGCUGCUGCUGUACCAGACCUCGGCCACGGCCCUGUCUGAGUUCAAAAGACUCAAACGGAGGGACGACGCAAGGCACCAGCAGCAGCAGCUCAUAGGGGAGCAAACCAUCCCGUUGGUCCCCAUCAGGAAGCUGCUGAACGGACAGUGUUACUACAAACCCCCGGUGGAGCGCAGCCGGAGCGCGCCCAAACUGGGCUCCAUCACGGAGGACUUGGUCGGGGAGGAGGAGGAGGAGAAAGCGAUGCACUUUGAGUGUGAGGACAUUCUGGACACGGACGGAGAUCGUGUUGCCAACGGCAAACAGGAGUUGACUCAGAUUAUUAAUGACUUGGGAGAGAUGAGCAUAGGAAACGACGUGCAGACGCUGAAAGCUGACCUGAGAGUUACCAGACUUCUGUCUGGAGAGAGCACGGGGAGCGAGUCCUCCAUAGAGAGCAGCCAGGAGCCGCCUCCGCUCUCCAAUGGGUUCGAGGAGGUAAAGGUGCAGGAAAUUGCCUGAAUCAAUUGGAAGCAUUUCUCGGUGCCUCUGUUUUGUUGAGCCACGGUGUCUCCACAAGAAAAAACAUUUCCCUGUGUCUUCAACCUUGUGUUGGAGAGUGUUUGUGUAAUGUGGUGCCUCCACGACUAAUUGAGAGGAUCCAGAAAAAAAAAAAGAAAAAAAGAAGGUUCCCAGACAGUUACCGCACAUGGGCACGCAAUUUGGCUACUGAAUUAUAUUUGAAGAUUGUGUAAACGAAGAAAAAAAAAAAUGUUGGGGAAAAAAAACAAGUGCAUGCUGAUUUGAGAGAUGACUGGUUGAACCGACAAAAUCCCAGUGCGCUGCAGGACACACUGCACUAAUUCCAUCUCUUUCAUUUAAGAGGAUUUGCUGUAUUCUCAAGCUUGUUUACCUGCCUUUUAUCUCUCUCUUGAAAAUUGCAUUUUUCUGUUGAAAGAUGCUCAUCAUGAUCCAAAACAAAGCAUUCCGUUUUUAAAGCACGUUUUGUUCUUCUCCUAAGUGGUUCAGUGGGUCUAAACAGGCAUCCUUAAUUUCCCUGUCAGGGCGCUUUUGCAACAGCCUGUUCAUUUACUUUAUUUUGCACUGUUGUUGAAUUCAUUCAAGUAUUAUGUCGACUACAUGUACAUAAUGUUUGUUUGUAUGUUGUCUGGAACAUAAAUGUCCUAUCUUUGCUGUGCAAAAGAAAAACACCAUGUAUUAAGUUGUAAAGUAAGAUGUUUAAAAUAUAAAUAUGUUAUUUUUUAAAGAAAAAUGUGGUUUGUUAUGUGAACCUCAUAGAAUUAUCAA